GCGAGGGUGGGCCAAAGGCUGCGUGACGUCGCUUCCGGAUAAGCCAAUGGCAGCGAUUGGGGGCGGGUCAUUUUGGUGAUGGACAGGUGUUUCAAGACGCCCCUUUAGCGCGGGGCUCCCCGGGAAGCUUUGAGGCGGUGCUGGGUGUAAAGGGGAGGGCAUUCCUGGUGGAUUUUGCCCAAUCACCAGUCGCGCUUCUUGCAAUAGACGGGCAGUUUUCCCCAUCCCGGGUCGACUUGAGGGGGCGGGAUUCUGGACGCCAGAGUUGGCAAACCCCUGACCUAUGAUGGACGUAUUCUCUAGCCAAUUACUAGACAGUAUUCUCAGACGGGCCGCCUCCAUUGCCAAUGAAAUCUUCCAGCGGGGUCGCGGUAGGCGGGCCGUGGACCCUCUGGUAUAAGGCGGUCCCGGGGGAGUGAGGAGAAAGGGGGGGUCUUGGCGGCCGGAGGAGGAGUAGGUGCGGGUGAAGAUGGCGGCAGCCGAGGCCGCGAACUGCAUCAUGGAGGUGUCCUGUGGCCAGGCGGAAAGCAGUGAGAAGCCCAACGCUGAGGACAUGACAUCCAAAGAUUACUACUUUGACUCCUACGCCCACUUUGGCAUCCACGAGGAGAUGCUGAAGGACGAGGUGCGCACCCUCACUUACCGCAACUCCAUGUUUCAUAACCGGCACCUCUUCAAGGACAAGGUGGUGCUGGACGUCGGCUCGGGCACCGGCAUCCUCUGCAUGUUCGCUGCCAAGGCCGGGGCCCGCAAGGUCAUCGGGAUCGAGUGUUCCAGUAUCUCUGAUUAUGCGGUGAAGAUCGUCAAAGCCAACAAGUUAGACCACGUGGUGACCAUCAUCAAGGGGAAGGUGGAGGAGGUGGAGCUGCCGGUGGAGAAGGUGGACAUCAUCAUCAGCGAGUGGAUGGGCUACUGCCUCUUCUACGAGUCCAUGCUCAACACUGUGCUCUAUGCCCGGGACAAGUGGCUGGCGCCCGAUGGCCUCAUCUUCCCAGACCGGGCCACGCUCUAUGUGACGGCCAUCGAGGACCGGCAGUACAAAGACUACAAGAUCCACUGGUGGGAGAACGUGUAUGGCUUCGACAUGUCUUGCAUCAAAGAUGUGGCCAUUAAGGAGCCCCUAGUGGAUGUCGUGGACCCCAAACAGCUGGUCACCAACGCCUGCCUCAUAAAGGAGGUGGACAUCUACACCGUCAAGGUGGAAGACCUGACCUUCACCUCCCCGUUCUGCCUGCAAGUGAAGCGGAAUGACUACGUGCACGCCCUGGUGGCCUACUUCAACAUCGAGUUCACGCGCUGCCACAAGAGGACCGGCUUCUCCACCAGCCCCGAGUCCCCGUACACGCACUGGAAGCAGACGGUGUUCUACAUGGAGGACUACCUGACCGUGAAGACGGGCGAGGAGAUCUUCGGCACCAUCGGCAUGCGGCCCAACGCCAAGAACAACCGGGACCUGGACUUCACCAUCGACCUGGACUUCAAGGGCCAGCUGUGCGAGCUGUCCUGCUCCACCGACUACCGGAUGCGCUGAGGCCCGGCUCUCCCGCCCUGCACGGGCCCAGGGGCUGAGCGUUCCUAGGCGGUUUUGGGGCUCCCCCUUCCUCUCCCUCCCUCCCACAGAAGGGGGUUUUAGGGGCCUGGGCUUGGGGGGAUGGGGAGGGCACAUCGUGACUGUGUUUUUCAUAACUUAUGUUUUUAUAUGGUUGCAUUUACGCCAAUAAAUCCUCAGCUGGG